AUGACCCCGCGGUUGUCGUCUGGGGCGCCUUUUUGUUUUACGAAACUGCGUGUUUGGGGUCUUGAGGGGUUUGACAGAGUUGUGUUCCUUGAGAAUGAUUGCCUGGUAUUGCGAAACAUCGACUGUCUCUUCCUCCUGGACCUUACAGACGACAAACCCGCCUUCGCACCCACAUUCUUCCCUCCAGACGCGUUUGAUUCCGGGGUUAUGGCGCUCAAACCUAGUAAAUGCAUGCAACAGAAAAUCCUUCAUGCCCUUCAGGCUUUUCAAACAGCCACGCGGCAGGGUUCAACAGACACAAACGAACCUCCGGAUGCCACUGCCGCCUGUUCAUAUCCACUUUCACCGCCUCUCGAAGGAAUACACACGAUCACGCGAGCGGCAGAGGGCCAUAAGGACACAGAAAAAUUCGCCAAUGCCUCUACCGGCCUCGGAAGCAGCCCCUCUAGCAGUGACAAAUGUGCACAGCAGAGGGAUGGUGCGCUUGCUUCACACUGCUUGCUAGCGCCCCUUUCGCAGGACUCUGCUUCUACAGAUGUUGGCGCAAGAAUGCAGGAUGCUGCGUCGAAAGAAAGCAUUUCACCAAUGCCGACAGCACGCGCGGAAGUACAGCUGCCACAGGGAGCGCCGGUAGCAGCUAGCCCCCUACCGCAACAACUGCCUCCGCCUGACCUUGAGCUGAGCCCUAAUAUAUUUCUCAAUCACUUUUUCUCUUCAUGGUUUGCCUGGGAGGCUCCCCACCGUCUCCCGUUCCGUUUCAACGCGCAACACAUUAUGUUGCAGCUGGUAGGGGGCUGCGCUGUUUCUCUUCCUUCUGCUGCUGCCGCUCCUGCUGGCCCUCUUCCGGGAGGAAACGACAUCUCACGGGCCUUUGAUCAGCACGGCAUUAGUGCCCGCAGUCGGUAUACUGCCUCAAAAUCACCCCAGCGUCAGGUCCUCUCGCAGAUAUUCCAAUCGCGAGAGCUUCGGUGUCCGUCUCCCCAUUCUGCCGAAAACUUUGCAACGCGCUCAGAGAGACGUCUGCCUCUCUGGGAGGCGCCCAGGAAGUUGGAGCCCUCAGCGGGUUCCCCUUCGGAUGAACGUUCUCUGUCCGGGGAGAGCUUAGUUCCAGAGACGCCUGUUCUGUCCAUGCGUCUCGUGAUGGAAGCUAUGAAGGGCCUCGUGGGGGAGCUGGCGGGUGUUUCUCUUUCAAGCACAGAGUCGCUUGAACGCGGCGGUGCUUCUUUGUCCUCUUUGAGCGUAGGCUCUGCUGCCAGCCUUUUACCUCUGGAGUCCUCCAGCACUCGCCCUGGCAGGUCCAGCUCUCGGCUUGACGGCUCCAGCACUCGUAUUGACGGCUCUCGCUCUCACCUCGACAACUCUCGGCUUUCCGAAGGAAACCUCAGCCGGUUCUCACGUAGGAGUUGCUCAGAAGAAGGUCCGCGCCUACGCGUAAAUUCUUCCCUACAGUCCUUGCGCCUCGCUUCUGAGCAGGACGAAUACGACUCUGAAGCCUUCCAAAGAGUUUUUGCAAGGGAGCUCAGCGAGCACGUAAAAAAACUUCUACACGGCAGCUCGCUCACUGGCGAGCCAGCAGAGGCCUCUUCGAAAGAGUCACGACAAGGAAGCAGAGAGGAGCGGCAGACGCCGGGGGUGCCGCUCCUACCGCAGCAGCCCUUGCAGCACAACCAGUCACAGGCCAGGGCACUCGCUGAAUCAAGGUUAUCAAUGGAAGAUCAGGCUGAACAAGGGGAAACGGCACGGCUACGCUCCUCCAAAACACCCCAGUUCGCUUCAGCGAACUUUAAGCCACCCCCUCUCUGGGCUGCAUGCAGGCCCCUUUACGUUGUGCGCUUUUCGAGCAACUCAAAACCUUGGACCCAAGAGGGCAUACGGGGGCCUCUCGAGAUCAUCUGGUGGCGUGUCUACCUUGGUCUAGAUCCCUUCAGCGACAAGCAACUCGAGGCUUUUAUCUAA